CUAGGGUCUUUACAAAGUGUCGUUAGGGAAAACAUUGUUGACGGUAGGACACACGUGAUGUUUCACCUCACGGCCAUCUUAACACUAAAAAAGAAACUGUUCGAUAUUUUAUAGACAACAACAACCAGAAUUGCGGAAGAAACGGGCACUAACAAUCAUGUAUAAACCAUGGAGAUUGUGGUUUCUUCAACUUCUACUGAUCAUCUUUGUGCGCAUCUCGGAGGCAGGCACAUACUACCGGUACCUGGAUAACUACCUGUCUCACUGCAGUGACCAAGAGACCGUCUACUCCUCUGACACGUAUUACUUGGAUCCAACGUACUUUUCUUUUUCCUAUUAUUCCUCUGCACCGACCUCCUGCUACAUGAGGUUUUAUUCCUCUUCCUCCUCCUAUGGCCUGAGUGCUUACGUGUACAGUAUCAGCAUGUCGAGUUGUACACCGUACGUGAGAAUAUAUGAUGGAUAUUCCUCAUCAUCUUCAUCACUGCGGAGGGUCAGCUGUACGAGCACCUCAUCUGGCACGUACUAUUCCACUGGACGGUAUCUGUAUGUGUACUACUAUAGAGGUUAUACCACAGGACACAACUUUAGAAUUAGAAUCCAGAGGGGAUCAUAUCUGAGUAGUGGAUCUUUGAGCGGCUACACUUGCUAUUCUUGCACUAGCUGCAGCGGCACUGGCGGUAGCACAACAUCCUGCUCCUACGGAUGUUACAAGACUGUAACAACUUACAGUGGUUAUCAGGUGAUCAGCAAGGGGUGCCUGACCAGCAGCAGUGUUUCGAAUGGUUGCGUUAAAUCAAACUAUUUAGUCGAGUACGAGUAUUGCUACUGCAGGUCGUCCUAUUGCAACGCUGCCCAGGUUACCAGAUCCGGUAUGUUCCGUCCUCUCGGCAUCGCGGGGCUGAUAAUCAGUUUUUUUCAGUAUAUGCACGUGUAAAUGGAUUUUUUUUCGAUAGGAAAGAGAAAGAUUUUAAAAGGACUGUGUAUUUUCACUUUAUAAUCAUUGCCGAUUUGUUUGGACGAACUUACAUGUAUAUACAUGUAUCGGUAUAUUGCAUGACAUUCUGUACUUAGUGUUUAUUAUUACUAGAAGAUAUAUCAUUGUAUCGGGUAUGGUUUUAUCUCUAAUGAAUGGCUUUAUUUUAUGUCGUUUUACCACAUGUAUGAUGCAUAAUAUUUGAAGGGAAGAAUGGACUUCACGUACUGUAUAGGUGAUUAUUGUGUGAGUGCUUGUGUCCAUUUAGAUGUAUUAGUUUCUUUUUACAAAUCCAAUAUUUAUACGACUAUAUGUCAAAAACCAGACUUAUAUAGCCAAAGUGUUAAGGAAAUGGAAGGUCCCCUACAAGUAGGGGAAUUCCGGGAUCACAAAAAGAACAGAAUAAAACCCAAGGUUUUCUAUUUUCAUACAUGUAUGGUGUGCUGUGUCAUUUCUAAAUGGUUGAAGUCAUUCAAAUUGUACUGUUACUUGUACAUUGUACUGUAAGAUGUGCAAAACUUGUUUUUCUUUGCAUUUUUGAUUUAUAGAUUUUAAAUUGGCUGUCAUUUGUUCUCUGGUUUACGUAGCAAUUAUGUGAUAUAAAAAUCACAUACGUGUAUUUAUUAUCUAAUAUUUUGUACCCUGUUUUAGCUUUGUACUGGGAGUUCAGUUAAGAUGUCAUUGUUUAUCUCUAAUUCAAAACUAUUCUGUGCUUUAUUUUGAUAUUUUCAGAUAUAGUACGACAUAAUACUUUUCAUAAUUUACUUUAUAAUGGAGAGAGAUAGUGUGCUGCCUUUUUCCUGAUGCCGAUGCCAAGGUAUCAUGUUAUUCAUCAUUUUGUCAAAAACAAGUUUUCAAGAUCAAAAUAAAUCGGAGUUUACCUAUG